AUGCCACUUCCGCCCUGUUCGACCGUGCCGGCAGCACAAUUGCUCAGGCAGACCCUGCUAAAGAGCAGCUACUCCACGAUUAUUUCCGAGUCGCUGGAUGCCACUUCCGCCCUGUUCGACCGUGCCGGCAGCACAAUUGCUCAGGCAGUUUCGAUUCCAAUACAUCUGGGUGUUCUGGCCGAGCUGGGCAAGCGCUUCGCCGCCGCUUACCCCGAAGGAAAGGCAAUGCCAGGCGAUGUGUAUGCCAUCAACGAUCCGUACUCAGGCGGCACCCACUUGCCGGAUAUCGCUGUCGCAGCGCCCGUCUUUUUUGAUAGAAGGCUGGUUGGCUACGUCGUCACCAUGACCCACCAUCAGGAUAUCGGGGGUUCCGUGCCCGGCAGCACAGCGAUCAACGUGUUCGAUCACUUUGCCGAAGGACUGAGAAUCCCAAUGAUUCGGCUGGUUAAGGCUGGUGAAACUGAUGAAGACAUCGUCGCCAUGAUGAUGGCCAAUAGUCGUACACCUGACAAUAUUCGUGGCGACUUGAACGCGCAGAUGGCCGCGUGCAAAACGGGUGUGGAACGGCUUGCGACGAUUGUUGACCAUUGGGGUUUGGAAGCAGUCAAUGAGGGCACCCAGGAGCUGCUCGCCUACGCAGAGAGACUGACGCGGAUUGAAAUCUCGAAGAUUCCCGACGGCGACUACUGCUUCGAAGACUUCAUGGAUGACGACGGCUCUGGCCCAGAUGUCGAGCCCAUCCCAUUUCGGUUGAAAAUGACGGUAAAGGGUUCCGGGGUUCACUUCGAUUUCACUGGAACAGGUGCCCAAGUCACAACGGCAAUCAAUAACGUGCCCUACUCUGCGAUUUCUUCGGUCUACUAUGCGAUACGCACACUGACCGGUGAUUCCGCGCCAAACAAUGACGGUUGCUAUAGAGCAGUCUCGGUGCACCUACCUAAGGGCAGCAUUGUGAACCCUGAGUUUCCGGCACCCAUUAACGCCCGGGCAGUCUGCUUGCGACGGGUCAUCGACACAGUACUUGGGGUAAUGGCGCAAGCCAUUCCAGAACGCAUGACCGCGGCCCACUGCGGACAAAGCUCGCUCAUCCAUAUCGGCACAACCGAUCCAGACACCGGUAAACGUAUCGUGGCUACGGUCGGCGGCCCAUGGAUGGGUGGGAUGGGUGCGAGAUCGAGCAAAGACGGCAUCGAUGUGACCGACCAUGAUGCCUCUAACGUUUUUCAUAUGCCGAUAGAAACCAGCGAGGCAGAGCUUCCCAUCCGCUUCCACCGAGUGGGGCUGUGGCAGGACUCUGGCGGGGCCGGUAAAUGGCGGGGUGGACUGGGCUAUGAGGAAGAAUUCGAAUGGCUGCGUGGUACUGGGGUCACGACUGUUCGACGAGACCGCCACAAAUUCGGCCCGUGGGGUCUUGCCGGUGGGCAUGGCGGCCCAUGCUGCAAAACUAAAAUUUCCAGAGCCGGGGCUUCACCCGAAAACCUACCAUCGAAAGGCGUCUAUCAACUACACCCCGGUGAUAGAAUUCAACUGUGGACAACAGGCAGUGGCGGCCAUGGGUCGCCACUGGCACGCGACGUCCAGCGAGUCGUAGACGAUGUUCGCGAUGGCAAGGUUUCCGCCAAAUCCGCCGAGGAUGCCUAUGGCGUGGCCUUAGUAGACGGUAAGGCCGACCCAGCCCGCACCGAGGCGUCCCGUGCGGGCAUGUUGGCCCCCGGGCGAGCCAGCCAAUAA